ACACUCAUUCUCAAAACGAAGUGUGGUCAAACCCAUCGAGUCCCCUUCAUUAGAACCACGGGCGACACCCCUCCAAACCUACCUCCCCAAGACCCUCGUCCUUCAGGGUCCCACCCAGACAUCUCCUUCACUUCUCCCCGUUAGUUUGCUCACUUCAUCCGACAGGAGGACGUCACGCUCUACUCAGUGAACGUCAUGGAUCUUCUUCGCUACGAUCCACUCUGUCCCGAGGUUGAGCUCAUCUCACUGGAGCCCGAUCCCCCUGACCCUUCCUCCAUCUUCGCGGCUCCCAUCUCUACAUCCACCCCGCAGCCUGCGGAUACCCCCUCGACAUCCCAGGUUCCUACGCUGUCCACUGCCGAGUCCACCCAUACGUCUCAUGCCGACGCAAACGUUGAGGAACUCAUGCGGUUCACGGCUGACUUAGAGCCCGUCAUUCGCGACCUGAUUCGGGAGUACCGCGACGUCUUCCCCCCGUAUUUCUCAUACAGAGGGAUUCCCCCGAUGCGCGGUGUCGAGCAUUCCAUCCUGCUCGUGCCUGACUAUCGUGUUCACCAUCAGGCACCAUACCGACUCUCGAUUCCGGAGGCUACGGAACUCAAGCGUCAUCUUGAGGAGCUCCUUCGACUUGGUUUCAUUAAACCUAGUAACUCCUCUUGGGGUGCACCUGUCCUCUUUGCUCGCAAAGCGGACGAAACUCUCCGCCUCUGCAUCGAUUAUCGCGGCCUUAACCGUUAUACGGUUAAGAACAGCUAUCCCAUGCCCCGCGCGGAUGAGCUGUUUGACCGUCUGGCAGGCAACCGCUUCUUCACGAAGAUCAAUCUUCAUAGCGGUUACCACCAGAUCCGCGUUGCCGCAGAGGACCAGCCGAAGAGCGCCUUUCGGUCGCGCUUCGGCCACUACGAGUUCAUGGUGAUUCCAUUCAGCCUCACCAAUGCACCCGCCACCUUCCAGACGGCGAUGAACGACAUCUUCAGGGACAUCCUUGAAGAAUACGUUCUCGUAUACCUGGACGACAUCCUGGUCUACAGUCGUACCUUAGAAGAUCAUAUCAGACACCUCCGCGAUGUCCUACAACGCUUACGCAAGCAUGGCUUCUAUGCCAAGCUCAAUAAGUGUUGCUUUGCCCAGCGCAAAGUGGACUUCCUAGGACACCAUGUGUCUGACCAGGGUCUCCACAUGGACGACGCGAAGAUCACUGCUAUUGCAGAGUGCCAUCAAGGGUGAAACGAACCGCGUCACCGUUACC